AUGGGCAAUCAAAUCUCCCAGAUGUUCCCGCCGACCGCGGCAUUCACUGAGUCGUCCCUCCCCUCCGGUUCCCUCAAGGAUAAGGUCUACAUUGUCACAGGCGCAUCAGCCGGUGUUGGAAAGGAGCUGGCCCGCCUACUGUACUCGCUCAACAGUACCGUAUACCUCGCAGCACGCUCCAAGGAACGCGCCAACGCAGCCAUUGAAUGGAUCCAGACGUCGCACCCGGAUUCCAAAGGCCGACUAGAGUUCCUGCACCUCGAGCUCGCAGAUUUGGAGAGUAUCAAACCAGCAGCCGAAGAGUUUUUGAGCAAGGAGAAGAGACUGGACGUGUUGUUUAACAAUGCCGGCGUCAUGGUGCCGCCACAGGGUUCGAAAACCAAACAAGGCUACGAACUGCAGCUCGGCACAAAUUGCCUGGGGCACUAUGCCUUCACCAAGCUCCUGACUCCCCUACUGGCGCAGACGGCAAAGAGCAGCGAGGCGGGCAGCGUACGUGUGGUUUGGGUGUCGUCAAGUGCAGCGCACCUGGGGAGUCCCACGGGCGGCGUGGAUCUGGAGAACCUCGACUACCACCGAGACAAAUUCGCGUUCCACAAGUACGCCGUCAGUAAAGGCGGGAACGUACUUCAUGCCCUGGAGAUGCGCAGGCUGCAUGAGCAGGACGGUAUCAUCAGCGUUUCUCUGAACCCAGGCAAUCUCAACUCAGAGCUGCAGCGACACUCGGGCUGGCUGGGCGGGCUGGUCAUCAGUCUGAUCACGUACCCGGCCGUCAACGGCGCGUACACCGAGUUCUUCGCCGGCCUGGCGCCAGACGUCAAGAGCAUCAAGCAGAACGAGUGGGUCAUCCCCUUCGGACGCAUAACACCACUCAGGACGGACCUGGCCGAAGCCGGACGCGAAGGCGGCAAAGCAGGUGAGUUUUGGAGGUGGAGCGAAGAGCAGGUGAAGUCGUACUUGUAG